AUGUCCCUCACCAUCUCGUCCACCGUCCCCCAAGAGGAGGUCGAAGCGUACCGCCUCCACCUCGAAGAGUCGCUCUCCGACCCCGAGGUCCGUGCCGCUGCAUCCGAGGCCUUCAUGGAAGGCCUCAAGGACACCUCGAUUUCGGAGGACAUGGGGUCCGAGAUCGCUGCGCUUGGUGACACGACGCGCGAGAUUCGCGCUGGCUUCACCGCGGUCGCGCGCGAGGUCGCCGCGUUUGACGCCGCCGGCUUCAACAAGGACGCAAAAGGACAGCCGGCGCGGUUGGCUCCUACCUGGAGCGCUUUCUCAGAUAGGUUCGAGCAGAGCUUGUCGUGGAGCCGCGACGUCGCGGCCGUGGGAGUCUCCGUUCUCAGAAUGUACUCCGAGGUCAUUUUGGCCAACGUCAAGAUCGGUGACGACGUCGACGAUCUCAACAAGAGAUUACACAACUUCUUGGAGGUGGGACACUUAAUCGACGCCCUGCUCGUUACGCUGAUGCCGCCGUUGCAGAUCAUCAAGGUCAAGGAGACCGAAGCUCAGCAGUCACGCAUGAGCUUCGUCGCGCUCGCAAAGGACGUCCGCACCUUCGGCAUUACGCUCGAGGACGCGAUGCAGGCCGCCGGAACCCAGUUGAACAGCGAGCUGCGAGUGGCCAAGAAGCACGUCCGGACACUCGGGGACAAGCUCUUGCAAAUUGAACAAGAGAUUCAGGCGUUUACAAAGGCGACAGGCGGAGUGCUCGCGAGAGGUGUGAAGGCUGCCGUUGGCGCUUUUUCAGCUGUCAGUCCUCGCUUUACCAGGCGUGUCUUUAACCGGGUGCUGGAUAAACUGAACAAGAAGGCCGAGAUAACGGUGCUUAACCACCGGUAUGAAGAAACAGAACGUGUGUACCAGGAGCGUCAGCAGAUGUUGAAGGAGGUCAAGGGGCAGCAGUCGUCCCUGAAGCAGUUUCAGGACUCUCUUCCGGAGACGACGGAGCGCAUCAACCAUGUCGCGAUCAAGUCCGAGGCCAUCGCGGGCAUCUGGCAAAUUCUCAAGUCCGACAUCAUCCAGCUGCGGACCGACCUCGAGCUGUCCGUCGGCGUUCAAGGUGGCGAAACCGAGGGUGUCAAGGAGGAUACCUGCGAGAAGGCCAGCGCGGACUUCCUCAAGCGUCUGGAGCUCACGCGCGUCACGUACGGCCGCCUCGCGGACAUGUUCAACCUGUACUCGAAGCAAUUCUGA